AUGAACUUGGGCUUGCCCAAACUAAGCUUCGGCUUAUGUUUAUUACUUGUUUGUGUGUUGUCGAAAGAAGAACCAGAACCUAUCAAUGAAUCAGAAUUUCACGAUGAAAUUGCAAUGUCUCAGACUCGGACAAAAUGAACCGCAUGCAUGUCACUGGCUGCAGCCAAACUCGAUCAGGAUGCCCGUGAGAUAGACACUAUCGCUUCAGACAAUAAAGUGAAUAGAACUCUUUUGGAAAAAAAGAUUGUGGCUGAUAUCAUUGGGAAAUGCUAUGACGUAUUAACUUGAAAGCAAGCAGAAAAUAUUUUGUUCUUAGAAGAGUUUUAAAUCAUAUAAAUUGCUAUUAGACCAUUUUUAUUGAUUUUCAUAUUUUUGGAUGCAUACUGUUUAAAAUUUAAUAUAUUAGCUUAGAAUAGGCUAUAAUUAUAUUUAAAAAAAAAUUAUAAAUAGUCUAUUGCAUAAUCACAGAAUAGAUAAAAAUAUUUUUUACUUGAUCCAGGGAGGUUCAAAAAAAAAAAGAUUUCGAGAGAAGUUAGAGAAAUUGAUUUAAACAGAAAUGACAUUAAGGCUUUGGUUACAUUGGAGAAAAACUCGUAUAAAGGUGAUUUAUCACUUUCAAUGUCUCAAAAAGAGCUCAUUGGCAUGAUCGCAAAAGUAAUUUUUAUUUAGGAUAUGCACACCACUGAUGACGGAUUUGAUUUUGAACCCACUUAUGUGCCUGGGUAUGAAGAAACGGCUAAAUCCAGUAAGUCAUUAUCAACAUAUGGUGGAAUCAUCUUUUCUUUCGUAAUUAAGAUUAAGAUUAAGAUUCGCCUUUCGCCUUGCAGGGCCGGGGAUUUCCACCCCGACACGUUCAUCCCUCCCGAGGAGGCUUGAUGGGCACACUCCCUAUUGCCGCAAACAGGAGAUUCGUGCACCAGUCUUGACAUCCAUAGCUCCUGGAGUCUAACAGCCAACCUUCCAGGUCUAAACUCCCAGUUUCUCGUUAGGAAAAUCCGUCUUCAGGGUCUGAGGGUCAUAUAUCCCUUCAGACAUUGGCCGACCUUGUCCUUUCCAAUGAUUGUUCUGGAGAAAAAACUUAAAUCCCAAGGAUUAGCUCCCUGAGGCCCGAGGAAAGCCAAGCCCGACAUACAUAAAGGAUUAUCAAUCCCUUUCCGCCUAAAUUUCCAUCACUGGGCUGUUGCCUGCUGGUGUUGAAGAAAUAAGGUCGAGAGGUCGGGUGGUAUGUCAUCACCAUUUUUAUUUAUAUAUUCUUUCGUAAUAAUUUGGGUGGCGGUUCAAGCCAUCAGUUUCUUUACGAGCAAAAAGGCUGACUCCGAUAAGCCAAAGACGACUUAA